CGGGGGGUGGACAGUCAACAGUGGACACUCCAUUUGCAAGUCUGCCAUGUGUUGACCGGUGACGUGCUUUUGUUUUAUUGAUCUUCCCCAGAUCCGGCCCGUUCCACCUUGAUGGCCCGGCCAGCCAUGCCUCGCCAUGCUUUCCUGGUGGCUUACAUAAUCUGGGUUGCAUUCGACUGCCGAAGUACCAUCGUGACUGUGACUCCCGCUGCUCGGUUCCGUGGUCUUGGCAAGCCGGGCUUGACAGCUGCUGGCCCCGAGUCUAGCCGUUUGUCGGGUGGCCGGCAGCCCGUUUUUGUCGUCAUUCGACCUCUGGCACGGAUGCACCCCGGGUCCCGUCUGUGCCUUUUUCUGAACUUCUGGCCGGUGCAUUGAUUGAACACUAACAACUACACCACCAAGCCCAGCCGAUAUACACGCCCUCCGUCCACCCUAGUCCACCCCCUCCUCUCAACCACCAACCGUCACAAUGGCCUCAAUUGCUCGCUGCCUCAGGAUUGCUCGUCCUUCCGUCGUCUCUGCUUUCGCCCAGAGCUCCGUCCGCAUUGCGCGCCCCUUCUCCGUUACUGCCAACAAUGAGCUAAGGAAGUACACCCGCGAGCACGAGUGGAUCGAGCUCUCCGACGACAAGAAGACCGGUUACGUCGGCAUCAGCAGCUACGCCGCCAAGGCCCUCGGCGACGUCGUCUUCGUCGAGCUCCCCGAGGAGGGCAAGGAGGUCCAGGCCGGCGAUGCCCUUGGCGCCGUCGAGUCCGUCAAGUCUGCUGCCGACAUCAACGCUCCCAUCAGCUGCAAGGUCAUCGCCUCUAACUUAACCCUCGAGGAGAGCCCCUCCACGAUCAACAAGGUUCCCGAGGACCACUCUGCCAGCGGCGGUUGGGUCGCUAAGGUUCAGGUUAGCGAGGAGGGCAUCAAGGAUCUCGAGAAGCUCAUGGACGAGGAGGCCUACAAGGAGUUCACUGCCGCCGAGGACCACUAAACAAUUCUUUACUACGCAAGAGAUAACAAAACAGGGGGCGCUUGACGGAAAAAGAUUAAUGAUGCUUGGUGUAUAUUUGGCUAUUUAUGACGGAACCCGGGGAAAUGGUUACGGGGAUCAACUCAAUUUCGGACAGUUCAACCUGCUUUUAGACAACAUGGGGGGGCCUAAGAAGUACGCCCAAAGAAGUACUUGUAUCAUCGGAAGGCGAAGGGCGGUGUUUGGUAGUUUAUGCAUACAUCGAAUUGGAGUUCAUCGGACAAGCAUGCAUGAAACAGAA